CUGCUUCCCUCCUGCUUCCUCAUAGACCUGCGCAGAAUGACAGCUGGCUUCAUGGGUAUGGCGGUGGCCAUCAUCCUCUUCGGCUGGAUCAUCGGUGUGCUGGGCUGCUGCUGGGGAGGCCUUAUGCAGUAUGUGGCAGGGCUUCUCUUCCUCAUGGGAGGAACCUUCUGCAUCAUCUCACUGUGCACCUGUGUGGCUGGGAUCAACUUUGAGUUAUCACGUUACCCACGCUACCUAUAUGGACUUCCAGAUGACAUCAGCCAUGGCUAUGGAUGGUCCAUGUUCUGUGCAUGGGGGGGCCUGGGCCUCACGCUAAUCUCGGGAUUCUUCUGUACCUUGGCCCCCUCUGUCCAACCUGUCCCGAGGACCAACUGCCCUAAAUCCAGACCAGAAAAUGGGACAGUGUGCUAAAAAAAAAAAAAAAAAAACCCAUACAUAUAUAUAUAUAAAUAUAUAUAUAAUAUACAUAUAUAAAAUGAAACUCAAUCAAGAUGAUGCCAGUGCCAAGGUAGAGUUGAGUUGGCUCAGGCACCUGCAUCUCAUCAGACUUUGUGUUGCCUCAUCUCCAAGAUGGGAAAAGUGUUCCCAUCCUGUGGCUCUCUCAUCAGUUCUUGACUUUGGCUUCAUGAUUUCUUCAAGACAGAGUGAAAGCCACCACCACCUGCGGUAGCAUCUUGACCCCUGUCACUCAUAAGGAUGUGGUGGUGAACUGGAAGGGACAGAGGCAGUGGUCUGAAGCAACACAGAUACACAGAAGGAAGAGCUACACUCUAGGCCAUCAGGAAAGGCCACCACCACCCCAGCCAUCAUACCAUGGGGAAACUCAGUCCCUUGAGUUCAUAGAAUGUAACCACAUCUUCGAGGCCAUUUUCAGAACCACUUCUCUGCUCCUCCUGUUCUGAGCUCCUUCCCAGCCCACCAGCGACACACCAAGAGUGGAAGAGAAAACAGACUGAGAAGGAAGUUUUCUCUUUGUGGCCAAACCGUUGGACAAUGUCUUAGAGGUGGGAAGGGGAGAGAACAUGCUGAGAGGCAAGAUCAGCAUCAACAAAAGGACAUUUCAGUGGAUGCUCGGAAAACCCAGUCUUACCUUCCAGCUGCCUUACACCCAGUUAAACGAGAGGCCACCCUGUCCUCCCCUGCCUGCGCUCUCUGGGCAGAUCGAGCCUUCGAGCAAUGCUGUGAUAUGUGUGUGUGCGUGUGUGCAUGUGUGCAUAGGUUUUGGGUGGUUGCCUUUUUCUUUUCCACUCUUUGAAUGGAAAUAUCAUCUUAUUCUUCUCUCUCUCUCUCUCUCUCUCUCUCUCUCUCUCUCUCUCUCUCUCUCAUUAUUAUUGUUUUUGACCCAUUAUGGAGGCCUCGAGAUCUGGGAAUUAUACUGAAGGGCAGGCCUUCAUGGGUGCCAAUGCAGCAGCUGCAGAUCCCUGGAGAGAGACAAAAGUGUGUGUGUGUGUGUGUGUGUGUGUGUGUGUGUGUGUGUGUGUGUGUGCCUGCCCAUGCACUUGUGUAUAUGUAUGCACAUGUGGUGGAUAUUUCCUGAAUGUGGGGUUUUAUUGUUUGUGUUGCACUUUUUUUUUUUUUAAUUUCUGGUACAGCUGAAAUUCCCAGAGGGCAAAACCAAGAACAAAACCACUGGGCCAGAGAACCCUGUGGUACUUCACAGCAUGGUUCUGGAACUCUGCAAGAUUUAGUCCACUAAUUUUGGAAGUUCAAGACACAGCUGGGCACAAAAGUCCUAAGAGAAGAGGGGGAACAUACAGUUCAGGAGAGAGAAGGAAUAUGGCCUCUGGUUGCUGAUGUACAAGUACAUAUACCAAACAAGACCUUCACUCCCCAUUGUGGGGGCUGUCCUUUGUCACCAGACAUCUGCUCCUUUUCUAGGGGUGAGCCCUGUACAGAUGAAAGGAAAUGGGUCACAUGCAGAGAGAGCACCUCCAUGUCCCAUGGGCUCAAGUUUGUAUGAUAUUAUGUAAAUUAAUGGAGAACUCUUGACUCUUUCCUUUCCUAUCCCUUUCCUCUUGAUCUUCAAGACCAUGAAUCCCAAAAAUAGCUAUCUCUCUUAGUGGCUAGCACCCAGACUGAGGUGGGACAAGGCCAUCCAGGUGUCUCAGGCUUGCUUGAGCAGAUUGGCACUGGGUGCCGGCAAGGGAAGAAGUCAGCCAGAGCUGUGAAUGCCACACGGCAGGAGCAGCUCAUGGUUACCUUGGGGACCCUGCUGGUGCCAACUGUCCCUGGGGAGGCAAAGAGAGAAUCCUGAGCUGGCGCAGCCAUGGUCAGCCAGGCAGAAGGGGAGCUGAGCUGCUGCAGAACAGGUCUGCUUUGGGAACUUGCCAACCACUCAGCAGCCUUCCCUCCCCUAAGUGCUCCGCCAUAGCUCCUGUUCUCAACCUCUUUUCCUACCGGACUGCUCACCUACUAACAGUUUCCCUGUCCUCCCUCCAUCUAACAGGCUGCAGGGCCUGUCCGUCUCAUUGGCCUUUGACUCUCCUCUCUCUCUCUCUCUCUCUCUCUCUCUCUCUCUCUCUCUCUCUCUCUCUCUCUCUCUCUCUCUGUGUGUGUGUGUGUAUCUAUCAGGGUGUGAUAGCCAAUGGGCUUCAAUGUGGGUAAUUCUUUGCCUGUGUCUCUCUGGUGCAGUGUGUGUGUGUGUGUGUGUGUGUGUGUGUGUGUGUGUGUACCUAUAUAGAAGUAUGGAUGCAUUUCUCAAGACUCCCUCACCAGGGCCCUGGUCAGAUCCUACAGUAGGUCUUACAUGUGAGGACCCUGAGUGCAGGAGUACCAGGUGAACAGGGGGAAGCUGAGGGUCAGGGAAUGCUACUGGCUUCCAGCUGAGAUUCUAAGCGUUGUUCUUAAGAUAAGCAGUGUAUUCUAGGAUAGGGAAAUAAUUUUCAGAAAAAAAAAACAACAGUUUUUUUAAUUGAGAAUUUCCUUUUUCUUUUCCUUUGAAAAGCUAGAUUUUUCUCUUAAGGUGAAGGACAUACUUGGGAUUGGAAAAUGAAAGUACCUCAGAUUGAGAGGAUGUUUGUCUUCCUCCAGGGUAUCUUGACCUGAGCAGGGACAAGUCGGUGCCCACGAACAUCUACUUGGGGGCACAGAACUUGUCUGUGAUGGAAUAUUAAUUCCAGUUGUUUUCCAGUUGCAAAGAGAUGGAGGAAGCUAAGCUAUCGACGAUUUGCUAUCGACUAAACUUUUCUUAAGUAAACUUAUUUGAACAUACGAGUUCACAGACCUCCCAUUUAUGCCCUGUUUUUUUUUUUAAUUCAUAUUCAUCAUAAACAGAUCAUCUGCUCUAUCCAAUUGCCCAACUCUAUGACAAACUUUUAAUAAAACUCACUGGCUUCCUUUGAAACAUGAGCAUUCCUGAAAUAUUAGAUGGACUCCCAGGAAGAAGAUAGAUUCUCUGGCUCAGUUGAUUCAACCCACCAUCAGCAGAGCAGGACUUUAGAGUAACCUUCUCGCUCACUCAUCAACCAGACAGGUGCAGACACAUAUAUGCUGGUGUCUGUACUACUUAGCAACAAAAACAAGCUCUGGCACCCUCAGGACGGAAGUCUCCAUAAUGAUAGCUGAUAGAUAGCAAUCUCUGUCCAGGUGACCUGAUCCUCGCAUCACAGGGGAUGGACUACUGGUUAAAAUAAGCCCCUCUCAGGCAGUUUCUGGAGCUUUCUGGCUGUGAGGUGGCUAGGGAAUGAGUACAAGAGAGAGCAUAGAAGGAGAAACACUCUAGUUCAGACUCCACUAACUCUAAAUCAUAGACUCCAACCUUCUGAGGGGACUGAGAGCCAGUGGCCUCUGCAAGGCCCCCAGUGCCUACCCAGGUCAAGUUCAGAUUCUUUUAGCUAUGUGUCUACAAGGAACAUGAUUGCACAUGCUGUAGGCUUUGUGCAAAUGAGCAGUGUGAGAGCAGCUUCGACAUUCCCUUGAUCUCUCCUAGACUGGAGGUUUGGGAACGUUGGGGGUCUAGCUGUGAGUAAGUACAAUUUCUUUUCCUCGUUUGGAAGUUAUGGCUCUUUUUCUGCUUUCCUCUGCCUACGGCUUUCCUUAUGAUCAGUUUGUGACAGUUGCCUUCUGAAGGAGGAGAGGAACUUCAAGCACCCCUCUCCUUGUUCACCAUGGCCCAAGGUCUCACAAGGAUGUGUGUGGAUCACUGACAUCCAAAUAUAAGAAAGAAAAUGUCUCUUUCAGCUUCAGUCACCUGGCAGCCUUUCAGCAGCCCUCUUUCUCACCUCUAGAAAUCGUGGAAGCAUAAUUAGACAGCUCCACCAGAUCAAGAUCAGCCCUCUUUGGCCUCAGGUCCGCGAGUGGAGCCCUAGGCCCUGGCACCAUCCUGGUAUAUUUUCCCUCUGUCCAGGGUUCUAUCCAGGUAUGUCACUUUUCCGCCAUAGGAGAGGGCACCCUGAGACUUUACAUCUCCUUGGUCAUCCAUAUACAUAGUAAGCGACCUAACAGGAAAAGGCCGCAUGUGUCUUCCUGACUUCAGGAAGAUGUGCUAUUUAGGUCCCCAAUGCUGCCCACCUAAUAAAAUUCGAAAUAAUGAAGUUAAACUCAUGGCUCAGAACAUUUGGCUUCAACUGUCUUAGGAUGGGAACAUCUGUCCACUGACUUUCAGUCAUGGAGUGGAAGAAGUGGGGAUAAACCCAGACACCCUCUGUCUUUGUUCAGGUGGCCUAUCUGUUGCUUCUCCUAGUUCAAGGGAAUCUUCUUUUCUGAACAUGUCUCUGCUGUGCCUGGGCUGAGUUGCCCCAGAGAGCACAUCUAUCCCUCCCCAGGGAAAAAGGAUGUCAGAAGAACUGGUAACACAGAUAGUAACAGGGAAGCACAUCUCAGCUGGACCGGCCUGGGUACUGCCUUCCAGCUCAUGGAGACAGAGGAAAGGGACGGGUUUUUCUUCCAUGCAAGUCCAGCAGAGCAGAUGCUUACAGAUGAUGCCUCUCAGAGUGUUGACUUCUAGGAUUAUGUUUACCAUCUUUCCAUUGAUGUUUCUAUGCCACAAAACAUUUCUUUGACAUUGUUCCUAGUCCUUAGACUGGGUUAUUACUAGCUAUUGAGCUCCCCCCCCCCCGAGGAAUACAUGCUCAUUAUAGAAAACUAGAAAAAAAAAGCAUGCAAAAGACUGAGAGACCAAUCAUAAUCACAUCAUUCUGAGGCCUCUACAGUGGGCCCAGUCAUAAUGGUCAGCACCUCAGAAGCUCUUCAGUGAGUGGUUGUCAUUGGGGGGAUAAAUGGGGCCAGGAGGACAUGGCAUGGCCACCGAACUGGCAUCAGGAAUUCUGCGUUCUUGGUAGCAACAACACAAGCCCCAAGGACAGCAAGGAGGUCUUUGAGAAGUCAUGCCAGAGCUAAAGAUUACUAUUUAGGGACUUCUCUCUCUCUCUCUCUCUCUCUCUCUCUCUCUCUCUCUCUCUCUCUCUCUCUCUCUCUCUCCUACUAUUCUUUUUCUUCAGGUGCCAUCUCAAUCUAAUCAUGGGUAUAAAUUCACUAAUUAAGCUACACUUGUAUAACACAGCCAUGACUGUACAUUUCAUUCCACUCUGUACUGAUAUGAUUUGUGACUCUGGGCACUGUGUCUUCUCCAUACUUGAACUUCCUUUCCUCAUCUGCAAAAUGAGGAUGGUGAUAACGUUUUACCUCAUGGUAUAUUAAGGGUGACAAAGAAACUGCAAAGCGAUUUGCAAACAUGAAGUGUCUAUGAAUUAUGCACUGUUCAAAUUACCCGUUAUCGGCAGCGUAGCCACUAAAAUGGAAUGGUUCCAUCAAGGCUCUGCCAAGUGCAAUAAUGUGGAGAGGGGGGGGGCAUCUUGGUUGCUGAACUAGAGUGUAGCUGUCCAACUGGAGCACAUGGGGUCCACUCCCCGCUUCGAACCCUCUGGAGGAAUUGCCUCCUUCAUAUUCUUCACCCAUUGCCAGGCUCACUUCCUUUUCUCCAAGGCCAGUUUAGCAAAGUGCAGGCUCAUUCCUGUUGCUUAUUACCAGAAGUGAUGGAGCGAAGAGACCAUGUGGAGGCUAAGAGCAUACAUAGAUGGCUGUAGCAGUUCACCUCUAAAGCAGGUGUGGAGUUAAUGCUGUUUGUUUGUUUGUUUGUUUGAACAGUUCUAGUAUCAUUCCUAGCUGUACAUGCUCAUGUUGGGGAAAAGUCCGAUUCUUAAAGCUCUUAAAGUUCCCUCAUGUUUAGAGUGAGGAUUAAGUAUAAUAGAGUGAGAGGCCGCUUCCUCUUGUCAGGCUGCAAAGCUAGUGACUUCUGAGUUCUGAUAGGAGGUCCUCUGAAUGGUUUAUCCAGUUGAACAUUGCCCAGUAUGAUCUUGCUUGGGGCCUAGAUUCUAAAGGGGAAAAGAACAGAUUCCUCAAAAGAAUCCCCACGCUUUUCUUCUUCCCUGCGUGCACCGAGACUUUCUACCAGAGAAUAACAAGUCCUUGCUCUCUGUAUGACUAGAGCCCAGCCCAAAGUAAGGGUAAUGGUACCCCUGCAGGGGUGGCUUGUUCAGGGACAAGAAACAGAAACUGGGUCCCAGUCUAGGCAUCACCCAGCUGCAGCUCAGCCUGGCAUCUCCCUGACACAUGCCAGCCUACUACUCUUCAUGCCUAAGGCCUGUUGUGACUCCCCAGGGAAACAACCCUGUGUCCCCCAUUUUUCUCCCCUGGACCCCGAGCUUUUUCUAUCCUCUCUGGGUGGCCCAUAGACCCAUUCUCAUUUGUAUGUACUGGUGUGUGUGCGUUGUGAGUGUGCCGAUGCCUUCACACAGAGAUUUCACCGAACCCCUCCUGUGCCCCUCCCCUGCCCCACCCCACUGCCCACGGUGUGACUGUUUCGCUCUUCGAGACUAUCUGUAAAAAUGUACAAAUAAAAGUGAAAGCUGGAAAUAAAGGGGAGGGGUAUUGCACCUACUCAAAUGCUGAAUAGAGCCCUCAGUUUUCUGAGGACUUGUGAGGACUGCCCUAGAAUCCUGACUCUGGUGGCACUUGAAGGGAGGGAUACCUGUCACAGGAGAGUUUUCUGGUUGUUUCCCUGGUGGUUGCUCAUGCUUGCUUAGUACUCUGUUCUGAAGACGUUUGCCUUUAAAGUUAAGUCACUCUCCCCCAAAAUAAGAGCAUAUCGUCAAAGUUAAAAGAGUGAAGGUCAUGGCCGACAUUACCCAAAGACCUGACCUGGGGUGACAUUAGGGACUUUGUUAAUAGAUCACCUGGAACCUUGGGUGCAUCUUGUGACCUCACCAUGUAUCCAUGUCCUCUCACCUCACAGAGAGCAGGGUGACUUUGGGGACUCAUGGGACACCAGGUCUCCCCCGUCCAUUCUGCUGCUGUUUGUACCCUUGCUGGCUGUUGCAGGCUGACUGAGCUGAGGCAAAUCAGGAGAUGCUUUCUCCCUGUUGCUCUUGGCCCAAGCUGAUAUCCCUCGGAAAGUAACCUCAAGCCAGCAGCCAGUUUGUGUGCAGAGUCCAAAGCCUUUUAUCUACCUGUUCAGUCCCAGAUGCCUUGUCCAACCCACUUUGAUGAUCUCGUCUUGCUCUCUCUGCUGAUAGAGCGUUGCCUCGUAGGACUGGGGCAGGAGAAAGAGCAUCAAAGGAGAUGGUGCGAGUGAAUUGCUUUACCAACUGUGGCUUGCCCUACAAAUGUGGCUUACUGUGAGAAGACGCAGACCCUGGCCAGGGGACAUUAUGAAAUGGGAAGGAAAAAAAUAAAGGUGGUUCUGGGGCUGGGGUGGAGGCUGUGGGUAGAAGAUGUGGUGAGAUGGACUUAGAGGUUAAUGAAAACUUUGGGAUGAAGAAAUGUCUGUGCUUCCAAAAUCCCCUUAGUAGAGUGACAGAGAAAUAUCCCCAAGGCAGUAAUCCUGGAGUAGGAGGGAUUAGGAUAGCACAGGGUACGGAUAAUCAAUCCUGGAGUGCAAACAGCUGCCAGAGAAGGAUAGUUUUCUCAGAGAGAUGCACAGCUUUGGCCUAUGCCAGCACCCCCUCCACUCAUGACUAUAGGCACCUUCUGUCUACACCUUCCCUGUCCCUGAUGGACCUUGGUAACCUUCCUUGAGACUUGUACAAGGAAGGUGAUUUAGACCACUGCUGCCCAAUAAAAUUUGACACGAGAUAUGUAUGCAAUUUGAAAUAUCCCACUGGCUGCAUUUUAAAGUGCCAACCAAACAGGUGAAAUUAAUUUCCAUACUAUAUUUUAACCCAGCAUAUGAAAAAUAUUAGCACUUCAACAUGGGAUCAAUAUAAAAGUUACUGGCAUGUUUUAUGUUCUGGUUAUUUCAAAUGAAAGCUAAAUCUAAGGUGAAUUUUACCCCGAGAAAACAUCUCCAACUGGCUCAACCACAUUUUCAGUGCUCAAAAGCUGCAUCAGGCUUCUGGUACCCGUCUAGGAGAAGCCAGCAUUAGGUCUGUUCAGAGACUGAGCAGGAUGCCCUUGCCAAUGAGUCACUCACUGCUGCAGAUUUCAGUAUGGGGAACAAAGGCAAAGGCAGCGUUUGCUGAGUAGGAAACAGAGCUAGCUCCACCAUGCUGUCUCACCUCUGGAAGUUCUACUUUCCCUGCUUAGUGAGGGGAGAGAGCUGCUGUGAACCAGCUACAUGUUAUAUCUGCCACAAGAGGCAUUAGUGCUAUCCCUUGACAUGGCCCUGAUGACCUGUCAAAACCCUAAGGGGAAAGCAGGCCAUGUGCCCUUCGACUGUAGGAGCAUCAGCCACCAUCCAUUCUACCCAUACAGAUGUCUUUUAUCUCAUAAUAAGGGAUAGACAGGCCUCCCCAUUGUUAAGAAUACACAUCUCUCCCACUUCUUAACAUCUGGUGGAGUCUCCUGCUAAGAACAUCUCACUGAUAUUUGGAGCUGUUUAAUCCAUCCUCCAAUUUCUUUGAUUUUUUUUUUAUCUUGAAUGCUGAAUGGAGAUAUGGGAGAAGAGCAGCAGGCAGACUGUAUCUCCUAGGAGGUGGCAGAUACAAGUUCUGUUCUUACACUAGGACUCAGGCCACCAUUUCCUACCUCUCCUUUCUGCUUAGAGAUCUUCCUUAGGUCUAAAUAAGCCUCAUUUGUGUGGGAAAUAGACAGGUAGUGAGAUCUUAGGGCAUAGAACAGAGUAAAUAUAAGCAAGCCUCUGGGCAUUUUCUAGUCAUUUCAAAGAGCCGGUAUGAUAAGGCCUGAUUCACUUAAAAUCUAUCAUUCUGGGCCCCAUGCUGCCGAGCAGGGGAAAGGGAGCUGAUUUGGUGAGUAUGUUUUAUAUGUGGUCAUUAGACAGGGACCAUCGCCGGCAAAACUCUCAAACACCUGGAGUGUUUAUGGUCCGACAGAUUAUUGCUCAGUCAAUAUAAAUUUAUUUACCUUCACUCUAAUUUGCAUAGUGCUUUCUGAUUGGUUAGACACAGUGUGGCGUAUACUGCAGGAUUCUAACAACGACUCUCCCCUUGGAGGUAGCAAUUCCUGUGGUUAUUGGUGCUAAAAAUAAGAUUAAAUAUUAUGUUAAUUUGUUCUGAUAUGAUGUGAAUAAAUGUAUUGUUUAAUCUUAACAAGAAUGCUACAUCUUAUCAGAUCUAUUGUACUGUCUGUUUCUUCUCAUAAUUAAUUAAUUACAGGAAAGGUGAUCCAAACCAGAUCUCAAAACUCUUGUGAUCUUCUAAGAGGAACGUAACAGGGAAGUGGGAGGGGGGAAUGAAAAGGAAAAUUACCAGGUUCCUGUGACUUUGAAAGGACUGAGGAAGCAGAGAGCAUUUGGGGACUUCACUGAAACUGACUGCAUCUUGCAAUUUUCUUUUUCAAAUUGGCAGAAAUAUUGUUAUUUCCAUCGAUUGAAGAAAAAAAGUGUCUGGUAAUUAAUUAAAUGACUUGUUCAUGGAAAAAAAUAAAAAUAAAUAAUCUGUCAGUUGUGGAAUGUAAACUGAUUAAACAAUUAAAUAAAGAAGACCAUGUUGUGUGUUUUAAGAA